GCAUAGUUCAUUAUGACAAUUGAAGGUCCAUUGUCUGAACUUGUUAACGAACUCACGAAGAAGUUGAAACCGGAGGAUCUUCCAGGAUUGUUAGAUUCAUCAAAAGAUGACGGUAUCGAUGAAACUGAGUUGGAGAAACUGACAUCGGUUGGUCAAUGGUUGGAGUGGAUGCACAACAAGUAUCUGCUUACUAACGACGAUCUUAGUUUUAUUGAGCACGUCUUUGAAUUAUGUCGACGACCUGACCUGCUUGCGAUAGUUUUGGAAUACAGGUUGAAGAACCUCGACACCAAAGAUGAAGAAUUACCAGCGAGACAACUGCUUCGAGUUUCAAGCUCUAAGAAGUAUAUUGCUACGACACUCAAGGCACCAGAUGGCGAUAAGGAGUCGGAUUUAAAACUUGCUGACCCUCCGAAGGCGAGACGAAAAAGUACCGCGAUAUAAUUCGCCAGCGAGCAUGAGGACCAACGUUCCAUAACUUUUAUAUUAUUUCUAUGAACUUAUGUACAGUAUUUUUAUUCUGGUGAAUCAGCGCUCCAAUGUAAUUAUUACAUCACAAUCAUAUACCCAUUGUUCCUAUCUUUGACCAAACAAUCGUAAUACUAUGACGUCAUAAUCAAUAUUAUUCUUUAUGUUAACAAACAAUCGAAAUAACUUUUGUCAAAAUGA